GAACUUUAUGACCCAAUUCUGCCCACACCCAGGGAGUUCUGCCUUUUCUUCUCUUUCGGUGUCUCCUGUACUUCCCAAAAUUUCGCCUCCUCCUGUGCCCUCUUCGCCCCCCUCUUUUGGGGGCCCUGUGACCCUGAAUGUGGGGGGCACACUAUAUUCCACCACUUUGGAGACCCUGACUCGCUUCCCAGACUCCAUGCUGGGGGCCAUGUUUAGGGCCGGCACCCCCAUAGCCCCCAACCUCAACCCGCAGGGAGGCGGCCACUACUUCAUUGACAGAGAUGGCAAGGCCUUCCGGCACAUCCUCAAUUUCCUGCGGCUGGGCCGCCUGGACCUGCCCCGCGGGUAUGGGGAGACAGCACUUCUCAGGGCAGAGGCUGACUUUUACCAGAUCCAGCCCCUCCUGGAUGCCCUGCGGGAACUGGAGGCCUCUCGGGGGGCCCCUGUACCCACGGCCGCCCUGCUCCACGCAGAUGUAGAUGCCAGCCCCCGCCUGGUGCAUUUCUCUGCUCGCCAGGGCCCACACCACUAUGAGCUGAGCUCUGUGCAAGUGGAUACCUUCCGAGCCAACAUCUUCUGCACCGACCCCGAGUGCCUGGGUGCCAUGCGGGCCCGCUUUGGGGUGGCCAGUGAGGACAGGGCAGAGGGAGGCCCACACUUUCGUCUGGAGUGGGCUCCCUGUCCCGCAGAACUCCCCGAGGUGGAGUAUAGGAGACUGGGGCUGCAGCCUCUGUGGACUGGGGGGCCUGGAGAGCUCCGGGAGGUGGUGGGCACGCCAGGCUUCCUGGAGGAGGUGCUGCGGGUGGCUCUGGAGCACGGCUUCCGUCUAGACUCCGUCUUCCCUGACCCCGAAGACCUGCUCAAUUCGCGAUCUCUGCGCUUCGUGCGGCACUGAGCCCGCGGCCCUCCCAUCUGACUGGGGUGGGGUGAGAGGAUGGACAGCAAAGGGAAUGAAGGCCCCCCUGAAGCCUCUUCGUAGCUCUGCCUCUGGAGCUGUGAGAGUCAGGGGCCCCACUGCUCCUGACUGGAGCCCAGGUGUGGGCAGCAAUUCCCAAGUCUGAGCCUGCUGAGGGCUCACAAGCCACAUGAUGGGUCUGGACUGGUGCUAAUCCUGGGAGGGGUGGGGAAGGUUCCCAGGCUUGCUGCGGCCUGAGGCUGGCGGCCUCUGGCGUCUCCUUGUUGGAGCUCAGUAUUCAACGUUCUAGAAAAGUAGGGACACCUCUCUGCCCAGGCUAGGCCUAGCAGGACCCUGGAGGGACACUGAAGUGUGGGAGAAAGACUUUGGAUUGCUGCGAUGUGGUCUCCUGGACCGUGGCUUCUCCUGCCACUGGAUGGGCCUGGCCUGGCCUGACCAAAGAGAGGCCAGAACAUUCUGGAAUAUGGGAAGGGGGAUUCUUUGCUGUGUCUCAGGUCACCUAGUGAGGGAGACAGAAAAGCUACACCCUACCCUAGGUUGGCAUAAGGGAGCUAGGAGAAUCCUCAUUUACUGUGGGGCUGGAGCCCUGUACUCUAGAGAGCCACGUGUUUUCAAGGGCCCCAUAUUGAUGGAGUUGGCCACAGGGAAGGGGGUAGCAUCUUCUCGGGGCUUGGCCUUACUUCGUUCACAUUCACAGUGUGUCUGACCGACGCUGGGUCUCUGCCGUCUGCAUUGGCGGAGACAGUAUGUGUGUGCCGGUCUUUCUGCGGUCCCUGCGUGUCCAGGCCUGUUUGGGGUUGCCCAGCAACUCUUUUGGCACCGUAUGUCUGUGGUACGGUGUGAGUAGACUGAGAAUUAGUAGUUUCAUCAGAAGGGGGGUGCGUGUAUGUUCACAUCACCACGUAGGCAGGAGGAGCCCGUUGAGGUUUGAGUCACUAGGAUCUUCCUGACGAAAGGUAAGAGAAGUCAGUGGGCCCAGCCGGGCCUGGGAGCCCAGUAUAGAACUCUCGGUGGCUAAGGCAACCAUGGCCACGUUGCUAGGAGACGGCUGGGAAGGCCCGAGGCUGCCCAGGGCAGAGGGGAGAUGAACAGAAGAGGUGGGGAGAGUGGGGGGAGGAGAGGGGAAGGGGUGGGAUUUCUGGGUCCCCGAGGAAUGGGAUACUCAUGCACAACUUCUUCACUGGGGGAGUCACUCACUCAUUAUUUAUGGCUGGUCAUGAUUUACAAGAAGAAAAAUAAAAUUGCUUUGUGGAACCUCAAACUUGUCAAGGCUGCUGAGGGCCAGGUUGGGGGGUGCUGUCCCCUUUGCAGAAGAAGCCCUGCUUUCUCUGCCCCAGUCUCCUUCUGGCCGUCAGU